GAGUUGCAAUUGCAUUUCCCAAAACACACCACCAUGAAAACCUCUACUUCUUGGGUCUCAAACAAAAACUUACGAUAUGAAUUUCAUAUCUUCAUAUUCUCACUCAUUUUUUUAAUAGUUUCAUCAGAAUCCACAAAUAAAUAUCAGUCUCAAAGGUCAAUGAAAGGUAAUUUAUGCCACCUCAUUCACUACCCUGAAUUGCUAAUGGAGGGAGAUGUGAAAAGGCUGGUACCUAAAGGUCCGGAUCCAAUUGAGCCACCUAUUUCAUCUAAGAUUUUGUCUGGUCUCUCCAAUCUACAAGCCUCGUUCAAUACGGGACAGUGGGUGAAGGAAGGAAGCAUGAAGAGACUUGUGCCUUCAGGCCCAGACCCAAUUGGGUCUCCUGACCCAUUAGGAAACGAUAUGGAGAUUUCACAAUGGGCGCACGAGGGAGGCAUGAAAAGACUGGUGCCUUCAGGCCCAGACCCAAUUGGGUCUCCUGACCCAUUAGGAAUGAAUAUGGAGAUUUCACAGUGGGUGCACGAGGGAGGCAUGAAAAGACUUGUGCCUUCGGGCCCAAACCCAAUCGGGUCUCCUGACCCAUCAAAAAUUGAAACAGAGAUUUCACAGUGGGUGCACAAGAGAGGCAUGAAAAGACUAGUGCCAUCAGGCCCAAACCCAAUCAGGUCUCCCGACCCAUCAAAAAUUGAAAAAGAGAUUUCACAGUGGGUGGACGAGGAAGGCAUGAAAAGACUGGUGCCUUCAGGCCCAGAUCCAAUUGGGUCUCCCGACCCAUCAAAAAUCGUUACAGAGGUUUCAGAGUGGGUGAACGACGAAGGCAUAAAAAGACUGGUGCCUUCAGGCCCAGACCCAAUUGGGUCUCCUAACCCAUGAAAAGAUUCCUUAUAUGGUCUAGUUGAUCUACUCCAUACACAAAAAAUAUGGGUGGUUCGGUGAAAGUUUGGUUGCAAUUAAAAGAGUAUAUCCUCUUGAUCGAACAUGUUGAGCUAUCUUUUACAAAGAUAGAGAAGCGAAAAACAAAAUAAAAUAUACUGAAGUUUUUAUCUUUAUAAGGUACGAUCCACAUGCAUACAAAAAAUACUAAACUAAUUAAAUGCUCUGUUGGUCU